UAUUUACAGUUCUGGAAAAAGAUGUAUGAGACGUCCAAAUAAGCCCCAGUUAUGGAAUUGGAAACCUUCAUUUCCGUAGGCGUACAGGUACAUAUAUGAAGCCAGCAACUAUCUGAAGCCCAGCAGGAGAAAAACAACGUGUAAAGACACCAUGGAUAAUCACAAGGUCCUUUGUGGCUUGAUCAUCUUUCUUCAGAUCGCCGACUUAGUGCGGGGAUCCACCUACAAUUUCAGCCUCUGUAACCACGACAAGAUUCAAGAGGAUCUCCUAAACAUUUUGGAGCCAAACACGACCUUUGAGCAAGAGGAGCUCCAACUCGAUUUUCACACGUGCCAGGACGCGCCUUCCCCGGCGGCGGGCCCGCAGCAGUCCGAGGACUCGUUGCGGACGCAGCGUGCGGGACAGCUGCUGGCGUGCGCCCUGGAGCGGGUGCGCGGCUGCGGCGUGCGGGAGGCGCCGCGGCGCCUCGCCCUGUCGGUGGUUCGGAGGCACUGCCCCGGGUACCGGGCACCGCAGGUGAAGAAGCUUGGUCUUGUUGCUGUGAGUAAUGCUUUACCACAAGACAUUACAUGCUUGGCAGCGGACCGGAUGUUGAUAUUUGCUUCAUAUGACAAUAUUCUCCAUGCUUUUGCCAGGAACAAAGAGGUGGUUCAUACCUAUGAAGGUCACAAGGCAAGGAUACACCUUCUGCAGCCUUUUGGUGAUCAUGUUAUCUCUGUGGAUGUUGAUAAUGUUCUCAUUGUUUGGGAUAUACAGUCAGAAGAGGAGUAUCUUCAAGUGGAGUUUGAUAAGGCCACUUUUGCAGUUUCUGCAGUUCUGCAUCCCAGCACCUAUUUGAAUAAAAUUCUACUUGGGAGUGAACAAGGAAGCUUGCAGCUAUGGAAUAUAAGAUCAAACAAACUCUUAUACUCGUUUCCAGGAUGGCAUUUUGCAGUCACUACUCUGGAACAAGCUCCAGCAGUGGAUGUUGUUGCAGUUGGCCUUGUAUCAGGACAUAUCAUUAUACAUAAUAUUAAGUUUGAUGAAACUUUAAUGAAAUUUCAACAAGAUUGGGGUCCUAUCACAGCAAUAUCUUUUCGUACAGAUGGACACCCAGUAAUGGCAGCUGGUAGCCCAGUUGGACACAUUGCUUUGUGGGAUCUAGAAGAGAAGAAAAUAACGUGUCAAAUGCAAGACGCCCAUUCCACAGCAAUAGCUGGUAUGUCGUUCGUGCCUGGAGAGCCACUUCUUAUUACCAAUGGUGCUGAUAACGCUAUACGGGUGUGGAUAUUUGAUGGACCUGGUGGUACAGGACGUGUAUUGAGAAGCCGAGUUGGACAUAGUGCACCACCAACAAAAAUCAGAUACUAUGGGCAAAAUGGAGAGCAAAUUCUCAGUGCUGGUCAAGAUGGAACAUUGCAGUCUUUUUCAACAGUGCAUGACAAGUUCAAUAAAAGUUUAGGACGUGGUUCAAUUAACAAAAAGAAAUCAAAAAAGAAAGGUCUUAAGCUUGAUACGAUGGCACUUCCACCAAUUACAGACUUUGCUUCAGAAGUGGCACAUCAGAGUGACUGGGAUGGUAUUAUUGCCUGCCAUCAAGGGUACAUAACCUGUACAACCUGGAACUAUCAGAAAACUUCUAUGGGAGCUCAUAAACUGAAGCCAGAAGAAUUUAGCAAACACAAACCUAUUGACAUAUAUGCAACAGCAGUUGACAUUACCUCAUGUGGGAACUUUGCUGUAAUUGGGCUGUCAACUGGGCAGGUGGAUGUGUAUAACAUGCAGUCUGGCAUUCACAGAGGGCGCUACGGCAAAGAAAGAGCACAUGAGGGGGCCAUCAGGGGACUAGCAGUGGAUGGAUUAAACCAGCUGGUAAUCACAGCUGGUAGUGAAGGAUUAAUUAAAUUUUGGAAAUUCAAAACUAAAGAUCUAGUUUACUCCACUGAGCUUUCUUCUUCUCCAAGUGGAAUUCUGCUUCACAGAGACAGUGGUAUUCUGGGAAUUGCGUUUGAUGACUUCAGUAUUAGUGUUUUGGAUAUAGAAACCAGAAAGAUUGUCAGAACGUUCUCCGGACACCAUGGACGGAUUAAUGACAUGACUUUCAGUCCUGAUGGUCGUUGGCUAAUAACUUCAUCAAUGGACUGUACCAUUAAAACGUGGGACCUUCCCUCUGGAUGCCUUAUAGAUUGUUUUUUGGUUGACUCCGCAGCUGUGAGCCUUACUAUGUCUCCUACAGGAGAUUUCCUAGCUUCAACACAUGUGGAUGAUCUUGGAAUUUAUUUGUGGUCAAACCGUUGUCUGUAUUCACUUGUUUCUUUACGGCCCCUUCCGGCGGAUUAUGAGCCUUCUGUGGUUCCACUCCCUGGCACCUGCCCUGUGCAAGAUGUCAGUGCGACAGGAGAUGAAGAAACAUGUGAUGAUAUGAUAGAAUAUGUCUCACCUGAGCAACUGGGAGAGCAGCUGGUGACCCUUUCCUUAUUACCGGAAUCAAGGUGGAAAAAUCUCCUCAGUCUUGAUGUUAUCAAGAAAAAAAAUAAACCGAGAGAGCCACCGAAAGUUCCAAAGUCAGCCCCUUUCUUCAUCCCAACAGUUCCUGGCCUUAUACCCCGAUACCUUGCUCCAGAGGAAGAAAAUGAUACACAGUCAAAGGUAGUAAACCUUGGAGUACUGGCACAGAAAUCUGAUUUCUAUGUUCAUCUUGAAGAAGCCUUGAGCACUAAUGAAUAUACAGCUCCACUUAACUUACUGAAAAGCUUGGGACCAUCCAACAUUGAGAUAGAACUAAGGGGUUUGGCCCCUGAAGGUGGUGGCUCAAUGGAGGUGAUGCUAAGCUUCUUGAGAAUGAUAGGGGUGAUGCUGAACAAGAAGUACAACUUUGAACUUGCCCAGGCAUACCUUGCACUGUUUUUAAAGUUACAUCUUAAGAUUCUCUCAUCUGAGCCAAACCUAUUGGAAGAGGUAUCCAGGUUGUCAACGCAACUCCAGGAAACUUGGAUUCAUUUACAGACUCUCUUCAAUCAGAGUCUAUGUGUGUUAACAUAUAUGAAAAGUGCUUUACUGUAAAAUACUGAAGAAUUAUGUCUGCAUAAAAUUCCCCUCAGAAUAAUAGUACAAUUUAUUACCAAAAAUACUGGAUUCUGGGAGUUAUUGUGGGACUUCUGAUGCUCUAUUUUAUACAUCUGUGUAUGGUAUAUUAUUUUAGAAUGUGUAUAACUUGAGUAUUUUUAUUCACUUCAGUUGGAGCAAAAAUUAAUGUACGUGGCUUAAAUAUCCAUGUUGUUUUACUUUCCUGUCAGUGAACAAACAGUUGGAUGGCCAUAUAGGUGAUGUGGCUUGUUACCUUACGCUUCCAUGACCAAAAAUGCAAAUAUCAGAAUGAAGGAAUUAGUUGCACAAAACAAAAAAAAAAAAGAGUGGGAAUGUCAUUUGUGUGCAGGAGAUGAAAACCUAUUUUUGCUUAAUAAAAAAUUAUUGUUGAUUCAAAAAUAAAACAAAGUCUGAAUUAUUAACAGUUUAUUAAUAUUUGUUUGAAGGAAAUUCAUGUAAAAAUUGCAUUCCUCUGCAGCCAGAGCGCUUUUCCUAGAAAGUUUGUAAAAACUAUUUUUCUUCUCAAUUUGGCAAAUUGUGUUUGUUGUUUUGCCUCAGACACCUGUAUCUGAAAGCAAAGAUUUCUAGCUGCAGGACAAAUGAUGGAAUUUGAAAAAACUAAACUAAAAAAACCACACACGUUUCUUCCUAUAAAUUGGGAGGCUUAAUUUUUCUGAAAUCAGAAAAAUUAAGGAAAUAAAGAUUACCAGAAUAAAAGCUUUGAGUUGUGGGGUAUUUUCAAUUGAAUCAGCUGUUAUUUUUAUUAAUUGACACUUAGGUUUCAAAUAAUAAGGUUUGGGUAGCGUUUGGGAACUCAUGAAUGAGAUUAUCUUCAACUUUGCUGUUUGAAGGCACUGCCUCACAGCAGAAUCUCCUGUAUAAGGCCUUUUCUCUGUUUCACGUGCUCAGGCUACAAACACAGACUAAUUACAAAUAUAUGCAAUUUUUAUGAGAAAACUUGAAAGAUGCAUUCACUGCAUUUGGCCUGAAACAGCAGUGUGGUUUUGCUGUUCUGUAUAUACAAUACAUUUUUUUAAUGCCAUCAUAUUAUGGAACUCUUUUUUGUCAUGUAUCCUGGAAUAAAUUAUCUACAAACAUGUCCAAGCAGUGUAGACUUAUGAUAUACUGCCUGAAACAAGUGACAAUUCUCACAUGUACCAUGAGAUCAGCACCUCUUUUGCUGCUCAGAUUUGCAAGAAAAGUUGUCAGGGUUGUCCAAGGAGUGCAGAGGUGAUGGGAAAUCAACUUUUACAGCUUCUCUGUGGUGUUCUUGUGGUUACCCAUAACUUUGACUCCUGUUAAAGCUUGAAGUGAAAAAAGAAGUACUAUGGAAGUUUGCAGACUGUUGCAUUCUAGCCAUUUAGGCCUGAGAAUGUGGAGUCUUAUGGGCGUGAUGUACACCUGAGGUUUUUUUAAUUAAGUUUACAACUGAGAUUUAAGAAAAUGCUUUGUAAUGUAGAAUGAUUAGCUCCUGUUGAUAUGGUUCUCAAGAACCCAUUGCUUGGAAUUUCUUGAAUGGAUCUGAAGCAGAUACAAACUUCAGUGUAAUAAAUGCAUAAUAAGAUUCUGAGCUUAUAGGUGCUACUGUAACUAAUUUAGAAGACCUUAAAGAAUCAUUUUUUGGACCAAGACAUUAGAAUAUUAAAAGAUGGGUAAACCAGUAAUUGCAGACCUGCCUCAGGAGAAGUAAUAGUGGACAGUGAGCUUUCCUCUUGGAUCAGAGCAAAGCUCUGUGAAGUCUAGUGUCUUCUGUCUGGAGUACGGAAUAGAAUCAAAGGGUGUAGCAAACAAAUUAUGUAUAAAGCAAUCCUUUCUCAGGCACAUCACACCAGCUGUCAGCAGACAACUAUUUAGAUACUUCAUGACCCAGCUGUUUUCUAACAGUUGUGUUUAAUAUUCUGUGACAGACAUGUUUGUUCUCUAUGAGUUCAUCUAAUCUGUUUUAGAAUGCAUUUAUCCUUCACAACAUCCUGUAGUAAUGGGACCUGCAAUUUAAUUAAGUACUGAGGGAAGCAAUGUAUUUCUGUUUGUAUAUCCAGACUUGCUGUCUUCUAAUCCUGUUUGGCCCUCCUACUUCUUAAAUGGGAAAAAUAAUAUUUGUGCUCUAUUCUUCGUGCUUCACUGCCUUUCUGCCACAUAGCAGUUGUGAAAUGGUUUCUACAUUUUACUGAGUGCGCAUGUGUGUUUUUUCACUGACAUACAGGAACCUUUUUUGGGGCACAGAUGUUCAAGUCUAUGUAUAAGAUUUGUUUGCAAAACUUACAGGAUUUGUAGAGUAGGGUUUUUUUCUUUUUUCUUCUGGACUACUUGAUGUAAUCAGGAGGAAAAAAUACAUACUGAACAGGCUAUUCUUCUAAAGCAGAACCAGCAAGCUAAUUUUUGCAAACAUUUUAUGUAUAACACUGUUGACAUAAUAUUGCAAUCUGUGUUAAUGCAGUUUCUUAUGUCAUAUGCAGAUGUUUUUUAAGUCUGCCUAGAACACUUUGGUUGUUUCCUUCAGAAAAUAGUCUUUAGAUGAUACUGAUAUCCCACCUCCUUUGUUCAUCUGUCUUUUCCUCAACAUUCCUAGGUACUGCUGCUAUUCCAGGAGCGUUUGACUGUUCUUAAAGCUGUUUCCAGUCUUAUCCCUUUAGCUCUGUUUGCUUCUUGUUCUUAGCCUUUUAUUUUGUCCUUUUUUUUCCCUGCAUCAAAGUGGUGAGCAACAUUUUGCCAUUAAUAACUUUUUUUCAGAAAUGAAAAAUAAUUUCCACUUGCUAGUGGAUGCGAGUGGAUGUUUCACCUGUAUUAUUCCUCCACACACGAUACCAGGGACAAUAUUUUAUUAUAUUAGUCAAAAGUUGUUGAUUACAAGUGGCAAGACUCAUUACAAUUGAAUUUGAUAGAUUGGGCUUUGCAUUAUCUAUAAGAACUAGCUUUAGCUUGUUGGUAUUGUAAUGACAUAUUAACAGGCUGUGAGAAAAAUCAUGAUCUGUAUUAAGGGAUAGAGUUUUUGUUGAUCCUAGAUUUUCUUCCAAGCAGGACAACUACUGAGGGUUUUACGAUUCUUACACAAUGCCAAGCCCAUUUUGGGUUAGCUCUGACUAGCAGCUUCCUAUUGCAUUUCUCCAUUUUGGUGUCACAGCACUCCUCCCAGCGUCUUCUCAGGCUUGUUACUUGCCUGUGCCUGCCUGUUCUCCUGUGCUCCGUUUUCACCAUGAUUAUUCCUGCUCUUUCAGCUUCUGAGCACAGCUGCUCCUUUUAUCAACUGCUGUAUACAACAUUCCUGUCAAGUUCAGUCUAAUGCUUCCACUAUUUUCUUUUGACUGUACUUUCCAGACUGAUUUGAUACUUGUAGUUGUUUUGACACUGUAACAGUUAGUUGGAACUUUUCCCCCCAAUGUGUUGCUGGCUAGAUUCUGAAUAGUGAAGGUUGCUCUUCUCUGAGCCAGAAACCUUCACUGCUAUCUUUACCUUUCUUUUUCUUCCAAGAGAAAAUAGAGGUAUUAUGAGGAAAAACAUGCAAGUGUGAAGUGGGAGUAAACAGAUGCAAAUGUUUACACAUUGUUCAGCAGCCAGCAUAGACCACUGACUUGAAGCAUUUGAGCAUUUCAAGUAAACAGUUCAAUGUUUGCUCUUUGUGUGUUUCAAAUUUCACUCCUGCUUCUUCAAAAGAAAUGUCAGGAAAGAUCUCAAGUCUGUGCAAAUUGUCAUAAUGCAAGUGUCAUUGUCCCAGCAUAAGAAAACUGGAAGAUACUCAUUUGCAUUCUGUGAAGUAGAAAAGACAAAGUGUUUAUUGGCAUAUUUGGACUCUGCUGAUGAGCUGUGUUAAAGAGUUUAGCAUUGUUAAAAGAUGUAGAAGUAGGUUCUGCUUUUGACUGUUAACAUCAACAGAUGUUUCCUGAGAAUGGUAUGUUAGCUUAUCAGUCUUUUCAGUGCAUCACCAGCUGUAAACUUGUGCUUCUGAAGAAUUAUUUGAUGAAGUGUUGUUUUUUUUUUUAAAAAAAUAAUACCUUUUAAAAGGUGAAGAAUCCAAUCAAUGCCUUACUUGAUGUCAGUGCAAGGAGUGUACUUUACUUUUUUAAUGGCUUUGCAGUGCGUGUUAACGGAGAAUUAUAUGCUGUCAUUAAACGUCCUUGCAUCUGUGCUUUUCUUUUUGUGAAGUACUGAUAAAUCGAGGAAAGAAAAAUAACCAAGAUACUUCUGCCCUGGUUGUUACAUGUUCCCAAAAAGGAUUGUGAGCUCUCUGAUGUUCUGUUGCACAUCAUGGAGCUUCGCUGGUUAGUGGUCAUCUCUGCAAGAUGCCUUUUCUCCACUGAUAUGUGAGCUGCUUGUUCACAAAACAGUCCAUGUGGCUAACUGCAGGUACAUACUGUUGCCCUGACUCUCCGAUGUGUUGAAAGGACUGAUGUGCUGUUUCUGUGAGUGUUAAGAGUAUGCCAGUGUUAAGGGCUAUGCCCUUCAAGAAUCAGACUGCUUUGGUGAUUAGCAGUUAACUAGAAUAAAUCAGAAUAAGAUAGAUUAUAAUAAUGUACUUGUAGAAUCCUCACUCAAUUGCUAUGUUGGU